UAUAUCCCUUCUCUCUUUCUUCGGCCCAACAAAACACCCCCUCACCCUCAGCAUGGUUUUAGUCUCUUCCAUGGUCUCUUCUAUGUUCCAGGUCUCUUGGUUCGCAGAUUUUGUGGACUGUAAUAAUCAUUCUCAUCAACGAACGACGAAUGACACAAUCACCAAAACCUCCUCUUUCUUAUGUUUUAGAUUAUAAAUCGGACCAAGCCCAGCAAAGACCAAGGUCCAAGAACUACAAAUACAGGGACAAAGCACAAAAGUCCAAUGGACCAACCACAAAAAACUACUACUCCGGCCUAUCGGCCCACUCAAAGAGAACCCUAGCAACAGUGACCGGUCCACGCGUCCAGGAAGCUAGCCACAUGGGAGAACCAUCUCCGUCAGCUCGACACGCUCUGCUCCCGCCUCCACCAGACCGUCACCGUCACUAAACACCACCGUACCAUCACCACAGGUACACUCAAUCCCUCGGAGCUCCAAUUCAGAGAAGCCUCCACCGGAUCCACCUCUGUUCAUCACCGUACUGUCAACAUGACGGAGAUCUCCAUCGAGAUCUAAUCAUAAUAGAUUGAACACUCUGUCUCUUGUAGAGGGUUCGACUUGUCUGGCUCAGGCGUCGCCACAACUCUCUCUCAAGUUCACCCACACAUACACAUCUCCACUCGGUGCAUCUUUUAAGCUCACAAGAAUUAUUCUGAAACAUAUGUUUCUCAUUGUCCGCUCGGUAAUAGUUUUAAGGUUGUUCUCUGUGAGAAUCAACCGAUGUCGGCUUCAUGUGCUGUUACACCGUCUGUUAGAACAGAACUAUUCAGCUCAUUAUCAAAAAGGCCCACCUUUCCUGCUCGUCAACCAAGGAACAAAUGUGAAAUCAGCAGAAGGGGUUUUACAGUGAGAGGGAUCGUUGCUUCUGGAGUUUCAGUCAUGGGUACUCCUCCUCCUUCACCAUCAGCUGCUUCUCAGCCAAUUCAAGGUGGGGAGAGAUUAGCUUUUAAGCCAGAAGGAUAUAACUUUUGGGAAUGGAGAGGUCACAAGAUUCAUUAUGUGGUUCAAGGAGAAGGCUUGCCUCUUGUUCUUAUUCAUGGCUUUGGUGCUUCUGUCUUUCACUGGAGGUAUAACAUUCCUGAACUGGCAAAGAAGUACAAAGUGUACGCCUUGGACUUACUCGGUUUCGGAUGGAGUGACAAAGCUCUCAUAGAGUAUGAUGCCAUGGUUUGGACUGAUCAAGUUAUUGACUUCAUCAAAGAGAUUGUCAAAGAGCCUUCUGUUGUCGUUGGAAACAGCCUGGGGGGAUUCACAGCUUUGUCAGUUGCGGUGGGAUUACCAGAGCAAGUCACUGGAGUUGCGCUUCUAAACUCUGCAGGACAGUUUGCAUCCGAGAGUAGAAAGCAAGAGGAAGCUGAGGAGCCCUCCGCGUUAACCAAGUUUAUAGUUAAGCCACUCAAAGAGAUCUUCCAACGCGUGGUUCUUGGGUUCUUGUUCUGGCAAGCCAAGCAGCCUUCUCGUAUCGAAUCUGUCUUAAAGAGUGUGUACAUAAACGCUGCUAACGUUGAUGACUACCUCGUUGAAUCCAUUUCAAAACCUGCAACAGACCCAAACGCUGGAGAAGUAUACUACAGAUUGAUGACAAGGUUCUUAACGAACCAGAGUAGGUAUACGUUGGAUAGUGUUCUAAGUAAGAUGACUUGUCCGCUUCUGUUGCUUUGGGGAGAUCUUGACCCGUGGGUUGGUCCUGCUAAAGCCGAGAAAAUCAAAGCGUUUUACUCCAACUCGUCGCUGGUGCACUUACAAGCAGGGCAUUGUCCUCAUGACGAAGUCCCUGAAGCUGUAAACGUAGCUUUGUUGGAUUGGUUGUCUAAUGUAGUUACCAAACCAUCUUCCCCUGAAGUCUCAGAGGUGUAAAGACUUUUUUUUUUUGCAAAGGAAGUAUAUAGUUUGUAAAUACAUUGUUACCUCUGCUUCUUGGAUUUAUAUAAUUUGAGAUUAAGCUGA